GCAACUUCCUUGGAAGUUGGCUGCAGGUCGGGACCGCCGCUACGCCGCUCCCUGCGUCAACGGGGGGGAGGCUUCAUGUGAGCCACCCCUGACUUGACGUCCAUUGCUGAGUGGCCAUGCCCAGCAACUUCCUGGGAAGUUGGCUGCAGGUCGGGACCACCGCUACGCCGCUCCCUGCGUCAACUGAGGAGAGGCUUCAUGUGAGCCACCCCUGACUUGACGUUCAUCGCUCAGUGGCAUGCCCAGCAACUUCCUGGGAAGUUGGCUGUAGGUCGAGACCUUCGACACGCCACUCCCUACGUCAAUGGAGGAGAGGCUUCAUGCGAGCCACCCUUGGCUCUACGUUCAUCGCUGAGUGGCUAUGCGGAGCAGCUUCCUGGGAAGUUGCCUGCAGGUCGGAACCAUCGCUAUGCCGCUCUGUGCCUCACCUGAGGAGAAGCUUCAUGCGAGCCACCCUUGCCACCAGCUGACCUUGGUCGGUUCUUUCAUCUUCUCUCGUGUUCACCGGCAUGGCAUGUUCUCCAGCUUAUCCGCGGCAGCCUCCUGUGCGCCUCAUAGCAAGCCCGAUAUUGCCCCACGAUCAAGCGGCACGAGGCAGUGUUCGUUGGCGAGGCUAUCCGGUGGCGUUCGAAGUAAGCAGACGAGGGUUAGUGGCGAGACUUCAAGGAGGAGCUCGAUAACUUCGUUGCACGGUCGAGUUGACCAUUGCGGCUGUGCUCUCGGCGCCCGCUUUCCUCUGCCGUACUCUGGGAUGGUGUGGUGUCAGGGGCAGGUCUAUCACAUUCUUGGACCUUCUGCGACUCGAUGCUCCCAGUGAGAGGCACCCAGAUGCUACACCGGAUGCCUCAGCUCCAGGGAUGUAGCCAGGGACCGACGCUCCAGCUUGCUCUUCGUCACGCCUCCAAUGACUGAUCCCGUGGGCACGUCUGGCUGGCGGCAGCUUCCUAGGAAGUGCUUCCCGAAGGCAGCGAGCAGCAAGGUUGACACGGGAGGCAGCCCUGCUGACCGAAGAUGAGCCCUGCCGGCUCGUUGCUCAUCAUCCCGGACCGGUGACCGCAGUGACGCGCCCUCCACUGAGUUCUAUAAGUAGGGGCUCGUCUCCCCCCGCUCAAAUUCUCUCAGAACUCAGUCACUUCCGCAUACAAACUCACCAUCCACGCCUCCCUCUUGUCUCCUGUGUCGCAUACCCUUUCUUGAGCCUAUUUUACUCCGUGGCGCGGCUAAGAUGUCUCCAAUCGAAUUCCUUAGGGCCCCAACCCUUGAGCCACUCACUCCUCCGCCAGAAGAUGCAUCCUCUCCG